AUGGAGCAAUUCAACACUGAGAUGGACAAGCUCAGGAAGGACUACAAUUAUCAUCUUGUGGAAUGGUUUUCCAACCUCAGGAAUAUCCUGACUCUGGAGAAAUUCUCUUUGAGUCCUAAGGUGGUGGCUCUGACAGCUGAGAUGGCUGACAUCAAGGUGAAGCUCAGGUGCUCUCAGGAACAGUUUGUGGACAUGCUGCAGAAGUACUACACUCAGCAGUUGGUUCAGCUUGAGGAUCCUGAUGCUGUGCCUGAUUGGGUGAUGCUCAGUUUCAGGAAUGAACUCAGUCAGAUCUUCAAAGACUUCAAGGGUUACCCAAAGAUCACUCAGGGGCAAUGGAUUAGGAUUCUCAAGACAGCUCUUCAGGAUGCUCAGGAUGGUUGGCCAUCAGAGUGUAUCCCUCUUCCUCAGCCUGCCCAGCCUGCCCAACCUGCUAAGUCUGAUACAUUUGAUGCUACCCUCAGCAAGUUUCAGGAUAUGGAAAAGGAGUUGAAUGCACAGCCUGACCAUGAGGUGAUGGAGGUGCCUGACAAGGUUUUGUGGACUCAGAAGGGUGGCCAAGGGCGCUACCAGCUUCAGCCCAAUGAUCCACCUCAGGAACCCUCAUGCUUAGCACUCUUCAACAACAUGGACUCAGAAAACAUUGUGGAGACUGCCAAUGAUGCUCAGGGCUAUGUCAAGUCUGAGCUCCAAAAGCUGAACAUCAAUGAGAUUGACAAGCUCCUGGACAACUCAGAAUCAGAUCAGAAGCUCAGUGACUUGGACAAUGUACCUGACCUGAUUGAGGACAUGAAGUCCAAGAUUCUUCUACUUGAGCAGGCACUUGAAUCUCAGGAGCUCACAAUGCUUAGGCUCAGGAAAGAUGCUAAGAACAUGGAAGAGGAGCAAGGUGAGCUCAGGGCUUUGCAUGCUGAGCUUCAACUCUCAGUGAAAAGAUCUCAGUCCUACUGGGAGCAGAAGCUGUCUCAGGAUCUUGUGAAUAAGGACGCUCUGAGAAAGUUCAUGGAAACUCAUCAAAUGAGUGAACUAGAUCUCAGGCAGCUGAUGCAAAAGUCUCCUCAGAUUGAUCACAAGCCUCAGGACUCAGUGAAGGAAGUUGUGGAUGUAUAA